CAUUACCCCAGCUCUGCGCUUCCACACGUUCUUUUAUAUAUUCCGCCGCGAUGCCUCGAAGCCGGAGACCCCCGAACUCCGGUUAUGCGCGCAUCGCGCAAGCCGAAGAGGAAGAGGACUCGCAUGAUGAUUCUGAGGAAGAGUUUCAUGAGCGGACACUGGCCAGCUCCUACGCUCCCAUACAACCGCGGAAAGAACGCAUGCGCAUGCCACAAUCGGGCGACUCGUCGCCGAAGCUACGAAGAACUACGUCCGGGCGCCGUCAACGAACCAAUUCGGGGGUGGACAUCAAAGCUAUCAACGCGCGGCUGGAACGUUGGGCGGACGAGAUUGCACAGAAGUUCAAGAUCAAGAAGCAAAAGGAUACGCCGGAAGAUGAGGCGCUCGAAAUUCACCACUCGGUGUUCCAAGCGCCGGACUGGGUACGCCCGGCCACGGCAGAGACACUCACAUUCGACUAUGAGGGCUCUUCGGAUCGCAUGACGAAGCUACAAUUCGAUGAGAUCGUGGAAAGUGUGCAGGUGGCCAUCGAACAGGGCAUGCAUCCGAAGCUGAUCACGCAAGGCAGCUCGGGCAGCUACUUCGCGCGCAACUCGCAGGGCAAGGUCGUUGGCGUCUUCAAGCCAAAGGACGAGGAGCCGUACGCGUCGCGCAACCCGAAGUGGACUAAGUGGAUACACCGGAAUCUGUUCCCCUUCUUCUUCGGGCGCGCAUGUUUGAUUCCUAACCUGAGCUACAUUUCCGAAGCCGCUGCCUACGUACUGGACUGCCAACUGCGCACGAACCUCGUACCGUAUACCGAAGUCGUUUCGCUCUCGUCCAAGUCCUUCCACUAUGAUUUUUGGGAUCGAAGAGCAUACUACAGAAAGAGGAAGCCAUUUCCGGAGAAGGCGGGUAGUUUUCAGGUGUUUCUGAAGGGCUUCAAGGACGCGAACAUCUUUCUGAAGGAACACCCUUGGCCAGACCAGAACAACGUAAACCUCAACAAUGCGCGGAGGAAAAAGAAGCGGAGAUGGGCUGAAGAGUGCAGGCCUAGCGGACCGCAGUCGGACGACGAGGACGAGGAAGAGGCACGAUCAAACACACCGGAGCUGCAGCACAGGAGAGGCUUCUGGACAGAAGGUCUACAGCAGUCUUUCCGGGAACAGCUUGAAAAGCUGGUCAUCUUGGAUUACAUCAUGCGUAACACCGACAGAGGGCUGGACAACUGGAUGAUCCGGAUUGAUCAGAAGACUCAAGAAGCAAGCAUCGUCGCAGAACCGCCCAGGACAGAUGGCCACUUGGAGGAGGACGAGGAAGUCGUGCCCAGCAACUACACGAGGCAAUCCAUGUCUGAAGCCGAUCCGUACGGUCGCCGGGAGCCUAUGAAGGCGACAAGCAGAUCAACUACGCCUAUGGCCAGCGGUCCGACGCCAGCGAUAACGAUUGGUGCAAUCGACAACAGUUUAUCGUGGCCAUGGAAGCACCCUGAUGCAUGGCGAAGCUACCCGUUCGGCUGGCUGUUCCUACCGGUGUCACUCAUCGGGAAGCCAUUCUCUGAAGCGACGCGUCGCCAUUUUCUGCCCCUACUAACCUCCAAGCUGUGGUGGGCUGAGACACAAGCAGCUCUGCGCAAGUGCUUCACACAAGACGAUGAUUUCAAAGAACGUAUGUACGCAAAACAGAUCGCGGUAAUGAAAGGCCAAGCCUGGAACGUCGUAGAGACGCUCAAAGAGCCUGACCAUGGCCCCUUGGAGCUGACACGGAGAGCGCGCGUCUGCGUGUGGGAUGACUUGGUUGAGAUACCGAUCGCCGUUCCGCUCCGUGAGCCUUCUGCGGAGAUGCGCCGCAAAACUCAGCCUAACCGGCAAAGAGUCGCUGAGCAAGAGGAAAUGGAUAUUACGGCGCUGUCUACACCUCCGCAAAAGCCGCAGCCGGAUCUGCUCAUGAACUCACCACCUAUGGAGCUGGCGAGCGAGAACCGAUUCAACCUUUCCCGCGAAUCUAGUUCCAUGGAUGUGCGGCGACAGCAACCAGACGAUUCUGGAGUCGCUGAUUCGCAGGCUCAGGCAGUGACGUGGAAUUCUCGUCUUGAAUCGGGCUCGCCGUCACUGCAAACGAACGGACGGCCUUCACACAGAUCGCGCAUGAGUUAUGAUGCACCCCGGCGACGCGAUCAAGACUUACGGAGACACCAUCGUAGGCUGUCACUCUCCUCGCGGCGCGGAAACGGCGGCCUGUUCGCAGGCGACGAAGACGACGAGGGAGACCUCGGCUACGCAGCAAACGAGGACCUUGAUGGGAACCGCAAGCGUGUCAUUGUCGAGCGGCUGGAGAUGGUCAAGGCGAAGAACCCCGUGUUCACAUGGUGUUAAUGUACGAUUGUUCCACAAAGAGCGCAUGAAACCUUUAUGUGUAGGGAACCUAUUCUUAGAAGACAGACGUACAGAAGACUUGCAUUGGGCGGCGUUGUUUUUCUGCAUGGGCGGCGGUCGGUUGCAUAUGUGGCGUUCUGCCCUCGGUCGCUUGGCCAUGUGUAGUAAUAAAGAUGCUGGACCCCCACGAUCCCAUGGUCUGUACCUCGCAUGAGUUGCACUGCAUGCUGCGAGUUCUCGACGCCUAGGUGUCGCACUGGGCCCGUAGCUCCCAAAAGACAAGCCGUUGCACCGUUGUCCAGAUGAGUCAUUUGACCUGAUCAUCUUUCGUUUGUUUUGAGCUCUCAUC